AAAAUAACCUCAAUUGUCAGUGGCGCUGUCAGAGCUGUGUGAGGUGGUUGUGUGUAUCGUUUGCGCGGCAAGCGCAAUACAGAAUACUAUCGUAUUAUGAAAAUGUAUAUUUCUGACUUUAAUCACUGAAAAGUAUCGUUAAAAACCAAUAGUGAUUAUAAUUUCAUAAUAAAAUACUCAUUAUAGCGUCUGUCCCACUUAAACAACGUAAACUGUGAUUUACGAAAGAAAGUUUUUUUACUUAUCGUGUUUCGUGUCUAAUGGCGAAAGAUGCGUGUCUCAAACGGGAAUUUAGUGUUGUUUGUGAGCAUAUUAUUUUGCGUCAACGGUCUUAAUAAUGAAGUGACCAGUGAACACUCGUUGGAGUUAACACAGUCUUUGAACCUGGCCCGGCAGGAGUUGAUACAGGAGAUAUGCAACCGAUUUCCCUUCAGGUUUACGCUCAACGAUUUGCCACCAAAUCAGUUGGAGCACAUUUUGAUAGACGACGAACACAAGCUCCUAUACUGCUAUGUGCCUAAGGUUGCAUGUACAAAUUGGAAAAGAAUAUUAAUGAUAUUGGGUGGGAAAUGGAAUGAUACAGAUGUACUGGCCAUUCCUGGAAAUUUAGCACAUAGUGCCGGAAUGUUCCGGAACCUCAGUUCAGCAUCAAAGGAGGAAAGGGACCACAUGCUGGAGAACUAUCAUAAGAUGAUUAUAGUACGGAAUCCAUUUGAAAGAUUGUUAUCUGCAUAUAGGAAUAAAUUAGAAGGAGAUACACCCAGCGCUAAAUACUUUCAGGAUCGCGUCGGCAAGCGCAUCAUCAGGGCGUUCCGAGAAAACCCCAGCAACGAGUCCCUCGAGCACGGUCAUGACGUCACGUUCCGGGAGUUCGCGCUGUUCCUAACGAAUAAGUCCGGUGAUCUCGCCGAUGUGGUGAACAAUGAGCACUGGCAACCCAUCACCAACCUCUGUCACCCGUGCCUCAUCAAGUACACUUUAGUUGGUAAAUACGAAACACUAUUAGACGACUCACUGCUAGCCCUGCACACGAUCAACGCCUCUCACAAAGUGCAGUUCCCUCGGCUUGCGCACACCUCCGGCACUGCGCAGAAGCUGCGCUCAUACUUCUCACAGUUGGAACUACCGUUAAUACGAAGGUUGUAUAAACUGUACAAAUAUGAUUAUAGAAUUUUCAAUUACGAUCUAGAGAACAUUGUGGGCUUCGAUCUGGGGUAGACUUUGUGGCUGUGUGCGUGAAGGGAGUGAACACACGACUAGGGGAGUUAUAUCUCGUUAUUGUUAAAAGUUAUGUAAAUAUCAUUGUAAAAUAUUUUAUCAGUCUUAGCCUCUUUCAUGUUAUAUUUCCCUGCAGACUUGGCUCGUAUAAAUAUUGAUGAACCUUGGAAUUAAUGUUUUACUCAUAUGAACUUUUGGACUUGGUUAAAACAGCUUCUUCAUUCGAAGUUGGGCAAAUAAUUAUAUUUUUAAGAUUACAACUCAAUAUUUCAAGAUAAGCGAAAACGCGACAUGUACGUUUUGGUCUUUAGUUAAAAAUAUGCAAUGUAUAAUAUAGUAUUUGGAUAAUUCAAAAGAGAUGUCAUUCGUGAUAGACACACAAACGGAUUUAUUACUCUCGUAAGUUUGUAGACAGAAAUAUGACAUAAACAUUUGGGAUAACACUUUUAAUGUUAUAACAAAAAAAGAAUAUCAAAAGAAAUUGUUAUGUAGAUAUAUUUCGAAGCGAGGAAUUUCGAUUACUUAACUGGUAUUAUGGGUGACAAAGACACCAUUUCGAAUCCCGACUGAUGAUCGAGUUUUUCUAUUCUUAAAAAUGUGUCAGUACUAAUGAAUUAAAAUUACUUAUGUCAUAUUCAAUUGGAAUAUUGAUAAAGUUAAAGCUACGUUUUAAUUAAGACUAUUAAAACCACCUGUAAGGUUUGAGUCACUAAUUCUAGUAGACUUAUCUAUGUUCAUUGUAUCAUAGUUAGAUUAAUAAUUAUCUAAUGAUAUCAGUGCUAUUAUACGAUUGCCGAUUCAGCAAGCUGUGCAUAAUUUAGACGGAGUAUCUUAUCUUAAUGACAUUUGUAUUAAUUUAAACUAUUUAAUUAUGUAUAACAAAGAUAGUAUGUAUUAUAUCUAAGCGUUUUAUACAACAACUAAUACCUGUAUCAGUUUGUAUAUAAAAAGGUCAACCUAUUCCCCGAGCCAUUUCAAUAGGGUUCGGAUACUCACGGGAAUUUUAUAUAUUCUAGCAUUAUAUAUUAAUACUAUAAAGAAUCUCUGCAUAUAUUAUAAGGAGUCGUGAAAUAUUUGUGUGUUCACUUUCAAGCUAAUGAAUCGAUCGAAUGAGUGCAUUAUAUAAAAUUGUACAUUGUAAUUAUAUAUAAUUAAUAUAAGUAUGUACAUUGUGUGUACAAUUAUUAUAAUAAUGAUACCAAGUACAGUGAUCUGUUGUACCUAAGUAGAUUAAUGAAAUUACCUUGUUGUAAGUGUAUGCAAUAAAUUGUUGAAUGUGU